GUUGUGUUGUCAACAACGAACAAGGCGCAGCGUCACGCAAACGCGUUUGUAUGGGUUGUAUGGUUUGUAUGCACGUUCUGAGCAAGGGUGCCCACGAUCACGAAGAGUGGGACCAAACCAAGUGGAACUUACUGCCAGUUGGCAGGCAGUGUGAGGCUCAGUGGAGGCUGAAGGUUUGCGUUUAUAAAUUGGUGACAACUCGUGAUUUAGCACAAAGAGCGGCGAGAGUCUGGAAAUUAGUUGUGUUCUCUCUGGCGGCAGCGGCUCGUCGUGUAGUGCAGCGAAGUGCUCGGAGUGUGCGCGUGUUUGCGGCAAGAAAGUAACUUUUUUUUGUUUCAAUUACUGUUCGAAAUUAAUUAAUUGAUUGAUUUAGCACAUCGAUUUCAGCGUGUGACAUUCGUAUACGAACUAUGGUGAUAUUUUUAUUUGUUGCGAGAACUUGAUCACUUUUGGUGUAUUGAAAAUGACAGAAGUAGAGGAAAUUGAUGUAAAUUACCCCGCCAACACAGUUUUUGAGUUAAGUCAAUCAUUAAAAAACAGAGUGUAUUAUGCUGCUCGUGAUGGGAUGCCUCUCACUCUCUAUGCACUUCUUUCGGAGAAAUCAAACAGAGACGCUCUGGAGGUUCUUAAUCAACAAGUGAUGGAAGAUGAUGGGCAGAAGUGCACCCCUCUCAUUGUAGCAGCUAGACAUGGCCAUGAGAAAGUUGUCGUUAUGUUAAUAUCAAAAUUUAAACCUGAUAUUGAACAGGAAGGGACAGUGAAAUUCGAUGGAUAUGUUAUCGAAGGUGCGAGUGCCUUGUGGUGUGCAGCAGGUGCUGGACAUUUAGAUGUAGUGAAAACUUUAGUGAAGGCUGGUGCUAAUGUCAACCAUCCAACUAAAACAAAUUCCACUCCGUUGCGUGCUGCCUGUUUUGAUGGACGUCUUGAUAUUGUUAUGUACCUGACUGAACAUGGAGCAGAUAUUCAUAUUGCAAACAAAUACAAUAAUACUUGCUUGAUGAUUGCUGCUUACAAAGGUCACUUAGAUGUGGUUAGUUUUCUGUUGGAGAAAGGUGCAAACCCUGAUGAAAAGGCACACUGUGGUGCAACAGCAUUACAUUUUGCUGCUGAAUGUGGACAUGUGGCUAUUGUGAAAGAACUCUUAGAAUACGGGGCCACUAUAACAAAAAAUGAAAACGGUAUGAGUCCAUUAAUCGCUGCCGCGGAGAGAACACGAGCAGAUGUAGUGGAGUAUUUAGUGACCCGUCCAGAAGUCUCCCGUAAGGAAAAGAUAGAAGCUCUUGAACUACUAGGAGCAUCAUUUGCCAAUGACAAGGACAAUUAUUGCCUAGAUCUUGCCUAUCAAUAUUUGCACCGUACCAUGGAAAUGAGGUACAGUGAUCCAGAGGAUCUUAUUCUCAAAGAACUUGCAAGACCUGUUGCUGCGUACGAGAACUGGGUAGAAUGUCAAACAUUAGAAGAACUUGAAGGCAUUCAGCGCAAUCAAAAUGCUCUCCAUAUGGAAUCUUUGUCGAUCAGAGAGCGUAUUCUUGGAACCCACAAUCCUGAAGUUCCUCAUCCUGUGAUAUUUCGUGGAGCAGUCUUUGCAGACAAUGCUAGGUUUGAUAGGUGUAUAGAGCUUUGGCUCCAUGCUCUGCGAUUACGGCAACAAAAUAAAGUAACUGUGGCAAAGGAUCUUCUUCGAUUUGCACAGGUGUUUUCUCAGAUGAUACAUGUGGGAGUAGAUUUGACAUUUUCACAUGUUGAAGAUGUUUUAGCUGCGUGUGUUCUGGAAUUAGAAAGGAAUAAGGAGAAAAUUGCCAAUCCCAGUUCAAAAGAUGAUGUUGAACAAAUAAUGGAAGAGAUGGAGAGUAAUAUUACAACUGUGCUGUAUAUACUAGUUAUUAUAACAAAAUUGAUGAAAUUUUGUACAAAGAAAGAAGAAUUUCGUGUUCAUCAAUUAGUCUUCCGAUUAAACCAGCUACAAUUGAAAAUGCGAGAUGGUCAAACUUUACUGCAUUUAUGUGUAAAUGCAGAAACUCCAGUUGAUGAUUUUCAUACAAAUGAUGUGUGCAAAAACAUUAUGAAUGAUUCAAGUUUACGUGCUUUUAAAUAUGUUUUUAGAUUUCCAUGUGCUACUACAUCAAAGCUUUUGAUUCAAUGUGGUGCUGAUGUAAAUGCUAUGGAUCAAAAUAGAAAUACUCCAUUGCAUAUCAUUGUUAGUUAUCAGAAACCAAUCAGUGACUUCUUGACUUUGCAUUCCAUAAUCAUGGAAUUAACAGAGGCAGGGGCCCACAUGGACACCGUGAAUAUGCAGGGUGAAACACCAUUUCAGGCUGCAACAACAGGUGUAGCAGAGAUAAUACUAAGAACUCAAACCAAACUCAGUUUAAAGUGUAUGGCUGCUAAAGCUGUGAAGACUUACAACUUAACCUAUCAGGGUCAAGUACCCCAGUCUCUGGAAAGCUUUAUUGAAUUACACGGACCUGGAGUGCAACAGGGAUGACCUCUGCUAUAGCACUGAUAUGUGUAGGAGUGCCUGUGUGGGUGCAAGAAUACAUGUGUUCCACUUUUGAGGGAAGAAGAAUUGACAGCAAGUUCAUUUUGUGCUGUGGUACAAACAGAAUUCACUUCAUCCCUGUGGCAAAGCAAAACUAGAAGGAUCUGUUCUUUUAAAAAUUUACAUGUUUUUGUGUUUCCAUCAUAUAUUUAAUUGUUACAUGCAUUCAUCUUCUUUCAUUUUGGAUUAAUUUUGAUAUCCUUUUGCUUAAAAUAUUUAAUUACAUUUCAGCGAUUUCAUUUUAUUAGAAUUGAUUGUAUUUUGAAUCGACUAGGAAUUUGUUGAGAAACAUUAUUCACUACUUCAUUUCUCUUCUGUUUUGGAAGAAUAAUUUUCAGAAUAUGAUGAAAUUGGCUAAUUUUUAAUAAUGAGUUGAACAAUUCAGUAUUAAUCAUAUGUUACUCUGAAAAAAAGUUAUUUUCUGCCUUCUCAAAUCACAGUAUUUUUAAUAAUUAUUAUGGACUUCUUGAAAUAACAAAUUGUCAAAUGCUGAGGAUAUCAACUUAACUCAUCUGUUGCUAAAGAUCGUUUCCAUUGUUGAAAUUUUCCACUCAUGAACAGGUGGGUGUUUGGGAAUGUGCAUCACCUCCUUUGUUCACUAAAGUUAUAGUGGUGUGCUCCUCUAGCAGUGCUAGCUGAAGUGUAGUAUGGUGAGCGAGAGGAGAGCUAUUUCGAGAUCCAAGAACAACAGAGUGGAGUCUGUGCCAUGCACUGCACGUGGCACAGUGCCAGAGCCUGGCUGCUUAGAAGAUGCAGUGUGUUGACCUUUACAAGUGUACCUAAAGGGCUUUUUAUUUUAUUACUGUGGGUUAUGUAGGUGGUGGCAAAUUACCAGGCCUACUAAGAAGUAACUUGAUACAUUUUUUGGUGUUAAGGUCAGUGCAUUUGAAUGUGUUUGAGUGUUCCCCUUGAUGCAUUUCUUCCCUUUCUUAGCUGUUGUAUUUUUUGUUGAAUUUAAAUUUUAUUUUUAUUUUAGUUGUUUUUGUUAUAUUCAAUGUGAGUUAUAUUUUAUUUUGUUACCAUUCUGUUCCAUUGCCUUUGUUGCUUGUAUAUGUCAUUUACAUAAAUGUAAAUGUUAUUUUCAUGGUAGAUAUUCUUUUGUUCUACAAAGCUGCUGUAUAAAUUCUUUUUCUUAUUGUUUGCAAUUGUAUAACAAUGUAAAACCGUUAUAUCGAUGGAAAAGCAAAAUCUGCUUAGCAGUAUUAUGUUCUUAUGGGCUUUUCUUUUCUGGUAGAUUCAUAAAAACUUUUUUCUGGUAGAGAUGCAAUAUAUUUUUUAAAGAAAUGCUAUGUUUAUAUUACUUAAAUAUAUAUUGGCAUAAUAUGUUGACAAGUCAGGAAGGACAAAUCUGUUAACUUGUUUAAUAACAAAUUUUGUACUGUGAGUAAAAGAGAUUUUUAAAAAAAUGCAAUAAUCUGCAAUCCUGAUAAUUUUGAUUUGUAUGUAUUGUAUUUAUUUUGAAAUUUAUAUUGUACAUAUGAUUGUAUAUAAUGUUUCCACCUGAAGUCAGAUGUGGUUAGGUGUUUUAUAAUUUUAAGUUUUUUAAUGAAAAAAAAUGAUACAUUGACAGCUGUGAUAGCAACAAGAAACUAAGACUGUCUCGUAUAUUGUUGAUCUUUCUGGUACAUUCAUCCAGAUCAGUUUUAGAGUAUGUUUGAAAUAUAUAGUUUGUGGUUUUGGAAAAGUUGCUUUUAAUGUGGCCUUCAUCUUUUGUGUUUAUCUUAAAAAAAUAAAUUGUAAAUUAUUGAAAUUCUAAAAAGUUGACUAAAUGGCAGACCAGCUUUUUCAUAAUCACAAAUACUUGUUUUUUAUAAGGAGAUACAAGAAUAGUAGUUUAGCUGCCAUAAGACCAAUUUCCUGUAAAGUGUAUUCACUCCUGCUCUAAAAUAAUGUGGAUAAAGUGAAGCAUUGACCUGUGGGUGUUGGUGGAAGCAAAAUACUUUGUCAUGUAUCAGUGGAUAUGUGUGGAAAUUGUAAAUAAAAAUUAUACCUGAACAAAUUUCAGUAUUGCUCAUUAUCAAAUACUACUUAGCUUUUUCCUGAACUAGCA